AUGGAUCGGCUGAGUAACAUGCUGGGGGACCGACCGCUGAAGGGCAUCUUCACGGCGCUCGGUCUCCCGGAUAAAAUCGGCGGCGCGGAGGCCGACAAGCUGCGGCGCACCAAGGAAUGCAUCCGCGCCGUGCUCGAGGACGCCGAGCAGCGCCGCUUCGUCGACCACGACUCCGUCAGGCUCUGGCUCCGGGAGCUCAGGGCCGCCGCCUUCGACGUCGACGCCCUGCUCGACCGCCUGGGCACCAUCACGGCCGUGUCCAGGCUAGCGGCUGCCGAGCAGUCGCGGAAGCGGAAGCGGCUCUGGCCCAGCGUCGAGCUCGGCCCGCGGCAGCGAAAUGGAGGUGAUUUCCAUCUGGGGAACCGCAGGCGUUGGGAAGACAGCACUGACAUAGUCGGUUUACAACUUUACAAAGAUCCUGAGGUACAAAACUUCUUCACUGACAAGAUCUGGGUUUGGUUACCAGAUAGGUGUGAUGUGAGGAAGGCCACCAAAAUGAUCAUUGAAGCUGUGACCAGUCAAAAAUGUGAACUUCUAAGCUUGGACAUAUUGCAGCAACGGCUGCACGCCCACCUACAUAAAAAACACUUCUUGCUGGUGAUUGAUAACCUUUGGGCAGAGGGCUUUCAGUUCUGGGAAUUUCUGAGGCCCUCAUUGACUGGUGGAGCGGGCGGAAGCAAGGUUCUGAUCACUACUCAGCACGAAAGGGUGUCUAGGAUGAGUUCCACCAUUCUAAACAUCCAUUUAGAGCGCUUGGAAGAUGAAGAAUGCUGGCAAAUCCUCAAACUCUAUGCGUUCUUGGGGUGGAGCAGCAGAGAUCUGGAAUCCAUUGGGCGGAGGAUUGCCGCCAACUGUCAAGGCUCCCCGUUGGCUGCUAAAUCUCUUGGGGUGCUAUUGUCCGACACUCAUGGAGACAAAGAACGAUGGGAAAGCAUACUAGGUGACCUGAGUUACACAGAGCUGGACCUCCUGCCAGAUUCUGUUGGAUUUUGUAUACACCUCAGAUACCUCAAUCUUCGGAAUACUCUGAUAAAGACUCUUCCAGAAACAGUCUGCAACCUAUUCAAUUUGCAGACACUUGACCUCAGGGACUGCUAUUGGCUCAUGGAUUUGCCUGAAGGCAUGAGCCGAUUAGUUAACUUGCGGCACCUUAGUUUACAUAUUGAUUGGGAUAGAGUUACUGCUUUUAGAUCAAUGCCAAGUGGCAUUGACCGGUUACAGUCACUUCAAACUCUUUCCAGAUUUGUUGUGGUCUCCAGGGAUGGAGGCAAGUGCAACAUUAAUGAGUUGAAGAAUUUGAAGAUCCGCGGAGAGCUUUGUAUUCUUAAUUUGGAAGCUGCCACCAAUGAUGGUGUCAUGGAGGCCAAUUUGCGCGGGAAGGAGUACUUGCGCGAAUUGAUGCUGAAAUGGAGUGAGGACACCUGCAAGGACGAGCAGCAGAAGGGCAUAGAGAACAGUGAGACGGUCAUUGAGGCACUCUGUCCACAUACCAGCCUUAAGCAUCUGCGCAUCGAAAAUUACCCUGGAAGACGAUUUCCUUCUUGCUUCGAGAACCUCUCGGCUCUGGAAUCCCUGGAGAUAAUUUCUUGCCCCAGGCUCACUCAAUUUUCCGUGCAGAUGAUGCAGUCUCUCAGGACUUUAAGGAUACGUCAAUGUGCUGAUCUUGCAGUUCUUCCCAGAGGCCUGUGCAACCUAGAAUCCCUUCAUUGUCUGGAAACCGAUGGUGCUCCAAAUCUGAGAAUAAGUGCAGUGGACAUAUUGCCAAGAAACAUCUCACGGCUGUAA